GUUUCGUCCCUUUCAGUCGAAGUCUGCUCUCAGCAGACGUAUUUCCGAUGUUACUCCAUUCGAAAGCAUGUCAUCUUGCUUGGUAAAUACAUAACGCAGCUCUAGUUUUGCUCCGCUGCCUUACUCUUGCCAGAGGAAUGUGGUGGGAAGGCGUUUCGUAUUUGAACGUGCUUAUGGAUUCUUCGUCAGCGACCUUUCCAAUCAGCGAUAGUAUAACUAGUGCACCAGUCCAAAUGGGCAGUUCAAUGCUUCCUUCCUCUACCUCCUCUAGCGAAGGAUGAAAACGUGGGAACAGAAAACUCGACCGCCACACCGCAGCCUUCAAUCGCCUCUAGGACCAGUGCGUCAAUACCGACCGGUCGUUUGCAGAGCGCGUCCCUCAAGCUCAUAAAUGCUGAUCUGCCACGAGGCAUGUGGGCAGCAGGUGGAAGCACUGUGACCCAGACUCCAACAAUCAGUGAUAUAAGAGGCGGUGUGUUUCCCCCCGACGAAGUUUGCGUUCACGAACGUGCAGGCGAGCAGUACCGAAGCAAAGCCAGCACUGCCACUAGGGGUGGCUCUCACAAGCGGAGCCGACAUAAUAGUGGGCUUUUCGUCGAUAAGAGCAAGAGAACAGGCACGAAUCUGGUUCAAUUUGACUCAGCAAUCAAAAAAGUGCAGGAACAGGGAGAGUAUGUGCAUCGCGAUAUUCACGACAAUGGAGUUAAGGAACAGUAUCCUACGAUAAAGAUUCAUCAACCCAUGCGACAAACAAUGGCUACAAAUCGCCACUGAAGCUGCCGUGGAAGACAUCGAUCAGAAUUGCACUGCUUUCAUUCUAGAAAUAGUUUCUCAAUUUCUCUCGGUAUCUGUAUUACUAUAUAUGGUCUCAAUGUCGUGGCCUGGGGUGACAUGCUCUUUCUUCUGCUUUGUAAUGCAGCCCCAGCAAUGUGCCAUCCAUCAUGCAAUGACA